UCAGAGGAGCAUUAUCAACUCCACAAUGAAUGAUUUUGUCCUGUCAUUGCUGAGUCGUGGGUAUGGCCAAAUUGUGCCAAAUGAAGACGGCCAUGCCGGAAGACUGGAGGUCUGUUUUGAACCACAGGAUUACUUCAACUGGAAAUCCCAGCCUCCACUGCUGCAUCUUACCAGCAGUGGCCGUAUUUUUGGAGGCCUGGAGCCUGCGCCUCCGAAAACCUACAGUACGAGGAGAGGGCCUCUUAUUCUGUAUUCAGAGGACCUUGCACUGGCAUACCGAUCUUGCCAGGUUAACAGGAAGAGAAAGGCUCUGAGCUGCCCGAAACAGGAAGCUGAGAAACAGCUGCACACACUGCAAGACCUGACUGGAGCCAUUUUGGCUUUUGGCAAAAGGAAGGUUGGAUCUCUUGCCGGUGUAACACACCCCUUGUUGCCAGAUAAACAUGUUACACAGAACAUCAGCAUGCAUCACAGACCUGGAGAGAAAAACUAUAAUUCAAGCCAAGUUAAAGGAGAAAACACUAAUCCGAUCAGAUACCAGCCACGUUUCCUCUGUUCCCCUCGGCCCAACAGGGCAGACCUGGGACCUCUACCACCCAUAUCGGAAGGUUUGGUACAUGUACAACUCCAGGAGAAAGCUCAGGCGCCAUCAGAUGAAGAAAUGACCUUUAAGACCAAAGAACAGAAAGACCAGAAACCGAAAGAGAGGAAAAGACAAGUAAAGAGUCUCCGGAUAGCGACUGACACAUGCAGAGCUCACAUGAGUCCGAUUCCUGAGACAGAACCAGCACAUCAGAAUGAAGAUCAAACAGUGACUCCAGCAACCGGAAAAAACACCUCUACAUCCAUGUGUUUUUCCAAACUAUGUGACCAUAACUUCAAAACUCAGCUAAAGAGCUUUUCAUUAUUUCGCUCUGACAUAUACCAGAUACUCCCACAUCUGAUCGACCAUCCCCAGGAUCUAAGCGGCCGUGGGAAGCGCAGCCGGAUGGAGAGUGGAGGUGGUGUUGGAGAGAUGUGCACUCUGAGGUCAGUGUAUGUGGAUUCGUCUUUGGAGUGCAGCCCACUCUCACGGGUCAACUACUACGGUGGACACAUGGAGGGAUCCCGUCAGAUGAGACAUUGCGGAGGUGAAACUCACAUGAGGAGAGUGAAUAUAGAAACAGAUCCCAGCUUCACCGUUUUCCACUUACCACCCAUUAACCAGAGUUCACUGGUCAACUCAAGCUCUGACAUCACUUUAACAAUGAAUCAAACGGAAAUAAAGGAGAAAAAAAGCAGCUGUGAGAAUUUACCAAAAAGGGACCUACACAUCCAUCUCCCUGACAUCAAAGUGGGAACUACACAUGAAAGCCCCUCGGAGAGACGCGUGCACAGCCAAGUGCUGCUGCUUUUCCCUGCACAAACAGAACAAACAGACACCCAUCAGCCAGAUGGUAUGCAACAUCACAUUGCAUACGAUUAA